GUAAACAUUGCAGAAGGUACACAAAGAAAUGCUGGGAUUGUCCCCUUAAUGUUGCUGUUUAUUCAGUUCUCUUGAAUCUGUAUUGAUUCUGUGCUGUGGACACCACUUCUAUAGGACCUACUGACAGAGUUUGAAGUAAUGCAACAAAGCCUUUUUUUCUUAAUUUAGACAGGAUAUUCCCAGCAAAAAGACCUGAGCAAAUUGAGUGCUGACACAUGCACUUUAAAGAUCUCAGGGACUGAAGUUGGAGCCCAUAAAACAGAAAACGGACUUCAAAAUGAAAGAAGAGAUGCAGAAUCGGUGUGCAAUAAAUGUAAGAACAGACCAUUGUUGUGGGGAGCACAGAAAGAGACUAGAGCUGUUUUGCCAGGAGGAUGAGGCCUUUAUUUGUGUCCUUUGUGUUCCCAGACAUUCCAGCCACAGUCUUCUGCUCCUGCAUGAGGCACUCAGUAUGUAUAAGGACAAGCUAAAAACAGCCUUAUCAUCCCUGGAACUAAAAGUCGGACAUCUUAAAGGUCAGCAGAAGACAAAUGAGAAGGAACUCCUGGACAUACAUGAUGAUGCUUAUAGUUUGGAACAAUACAUUAUGCGAGAGUUUACAAAACUACACCUAUAUCUACAUGACCGGGAGCAAAAAUUACUCCAACAGCUUAAAAAUAACAAAGUGGCUGUUCUGAAACAGAUGGAUGAAAACCUUGAAUGUACAAAACAUGAUGCUGUGGUCACCAAUGUGAAAGCACCCAAUGGCAGCUUGGAGUUCAAGAAGGAAAUAACACUGACUGUGGAAGAGAUGAAAGAAAAUGCUGAAAACCUUAAAAAUGAUGUUCCUGCAACAUGUAAAGCAUUGUAUGAUAAGUCGCAGACUAGAAAACAGGAAACUGUUGGUUUUCUAACUGUAAGUGCACUUUUCCUUACCUGUGUUCUAUUUUAUAUACAAGAUCGGGCAGUUGAUUGA